AUGCAUGUAUUGAUCGUUAAUGCCAUGAUCAACCAGAGCUGCCAGGAACAGUUCAUCUUACUGGGCUUCUCGGAUAGACCGAGGCUGGAAUCCAUCCUCUUUGUGUUUGUCCUCAUCUUCUACCUGGUGACGUUAGUGGGCAACAUCAUCAUUAUCUUAGUUUCCCAUCUGGACCCCAGCCUUCACACCCCCAUGUACUUCUUCCUCACCAACUUGUCCUUCCUCGACCUCUGCUUCACUACCAGUUCCAUCCCUCAAUUGCUCUUCAACUUAGGAGGCCAGGACAAGAGCAUCAGUUACAUUGGCUGUGCAAUCCAACUGUUCAUGUUUCUUGGCCUAGGAGGUACUGAAUGUGUUCUGCUGGCCGUCAUGGCUUACGACCGCUUCACUGCAAUCUGCAAGCCCCUUCACUACUCAGUCAUUAUGCAUUCUCAGCUCUGCUGGAAGUUGGUAUCUGUAGCCUGGAGUGUGGGACUCCUCAACUCCUUGGUCAUGUCUCCUGUGACUAUGAAGCUGCCGCGAUGCGGCAGAUGCCAGGUGAGGCACUUCCUGUGUGAGAUGCCAGCUCUGAUAAAGAUUGCCUGUGUGGACACUGUGGCUGUGGAAAGCACUGUUUUCAUUUUAUCAGUGAUAAUCGUGCUGGUGCCCUUGACGCUAAUCCUCAUUUCUUACAGCUAUAUUGCUCUAGCAGUGAUGAAGAUCAAGUCGGCCUCAGGAAGGAGGAAGGCUUUCAACACGUGUGGGUCCCACCUCACUGUAGUCUCCUUGUUUUACGGGAAUAUCAUCUAUAUGUAUAUGCAGCCUGGACACAAGGCUUCUCGGGACCAAGGGAAAUUUCUUACCCUCUUCUACAACUUGGUAACCCCCAUGUUAAACCCCGUCAUCUACACACUGAGAAACAAGGAUGUAAAGGGCGCACUGAAGAGGCUUGUGACUAGGAAAUAA